AUGGCAAAAGAAAAUAUGACUCUGGUGACGGAGUUUGUUCUCACAGGACUCACAGAUCUCCCAGGGCUGCAGGUCCCCCUGUUCCUGGUAUUCCUGGGCAUCUACCUCACCACCAUGGUGGGCAACCUUGGGCUGAUUUUUCUCAUCUGGAAGGACCCCCAUCUUCACACCCCCAUGUACUCAUUCCUGGGCAGCUUGGCCUUUGCAGAUGCUUGUUGUUCAUCUUCCGUGACUCCAAAAAUGUUUACAAAUUUUUUAUCAAAGAAUCAUGUAAUAGCUCUCUUUGACUGUCUGACCCAAUUUUAUUUUUUUGGGUCUACUGCCACCACAGAAUGUUUCCUCCUGGUGGUCAUGGCCUAUGACCGCUAUGUAGCCAUAUACAACCCUUUGCUUUAUUCAGUAGUCAUGUCCAACAGACUCUGUAUUCAGUCUAUAGGUGUUUCAUAUUUCAUUGGUUUUCUGCAUUCAACCAUUCAUGUGGGUUUGUUAUUCAGAUUAACUUUCUGUAGGACCAAUGUAAUACAUUAUUUCUACUGUGAAAUUUUACAACUGUUCAAAAUUUCGUGCACUGAUUCUACACUUAAUACACUUCUGGUGUUUAUCUUUUCAGCUUUUAUACAAGUCUUCACUUUUAUGACCAUCAUGGUCUCUUACACCUUUAUCCUGUUUAUCAUUCUGAAAAAGAAGUCUGAAAAGGGCAGGAGCAAAGCCUUCUCCACGUGCAGUGCCCACCUUCUAUCUGUUUCCUUGUUCUAUGGCACUCUCUUCUUCAUGUAUGUGCGUCCUGGGUCUGGUCCCUCUGAAGAUCACAACAAAAUAUAUUCUUUAUUUUAUACAAUAAUAAUUCCUCUACUAAAUCCUUUUAUUUAUAGCCUGAGAAACAAAGAGGUUAUAAGUGCUUUGAAAAGAAUAAUGAAGAAAUGA